CAGCAUUCUCGUCUCUCCUCACUCGCCGUCUCCCUUUCCUUCCUCGUUGACUCGUCGUUUACCUGCCUACUUACCUCUGGUCGAUCUAUAGUUUUCACUCUUCAUCCUUCUUGAUCUCGUCGCCGUUGGUUCGAUCUCUAUUCUCAACGCUUCAGGUUUCGUUGUCGUCCUCUAGAGACAUUAUGUAUGGGAUAUAAAAGACUCAUAACACAACACUUAUUACCUGAGACACACACACACACACACAGAAGGCAAACAGUGAAACCAACAUUCGUAACUGAUGAUGUACGGAGGAAACUGAGUUUCAGAGCUUAUUGGGAUACACCAACAUAUACGGAGAAACGAAAAAUCUAUACACAAGAUAUUGGCAAGGUUGAAGGGUCAUCAUCAUAUAACUCAUAAUGGUUGUUCUCUCUGAACUUUCAGAAGGAUCUUCAUCAAUUCAUGGUCAUAGAUAUGAUGUGUUUUUAAGUUUCAGAGGUCUCGACACGCGUAAUACUUUUACUGCUUACCUUCAUAAGGCUCUUGUGGAUGCCAAUAUCACUACCUUCUUGGAUGAUGAAGAGAUUGAAACAGGGGAAGAUCUGAAACCGGAAUUGGAGAGUGCGAUCAAAUCAUCAAGGGCUUCUGUUAUUGUGUUGUCCAGGAACUAUGCUACUUCCACAUGGUGUCUUGAUGAAUUGGUGUUGAUCCUUGAGCAACGUAAGACAUCCAACCAUAUUGUUAUCCCUAUCUUUUAUCAUGUUGAGCCCACUCAUGUUAGGAAACAACAAAGUAGCUUCGGAGAUGCAAUGGCUAAGCAUAGACGGACAAUGGAGUCAGAGACAAACGCAAAUAAAAGAAGUAAGUUGGCUCAAAAGAUAGACAGAUGGAAUAAAGCGCUUAUAGAAGUUGUUAAUUUAAAAGGGAAGGAUUUAAAUGCCAGGCUAGAGACGGUGUUUAUUGAAGAAAUUGUUAAGGACAUCUACCAUAGAUUACACAUAUCCUCAAGGAGUCCCCCGCCACAACUUUUUGGGAUGGAGGAUUCCAUUAAAUUCAUCACUUCGUGGUUGAAAGAUGCAUCCCCACAUACGACAGAUGUACUCACCAUUUUGGGCAUGGGUGGGAUCGGGAAGACGUCUUUAGCCAAAUAUGUCUAUGCGUUACAUUCUCAUGAAUUCGACACAAGUUUCUUUAUUAAUGAUAUCGGUCCAAGAUGUGAGAAAUUUAAUGGGUUGCUUGAUGUGCAAAAACAACUCUAUGAUGGAAUUUUAAAACCAAGUCCAAUUCAAGUUCAUGAAGUUUCUAUAUACACAUCAAUGAUAGAGAAUGCAGUAGCCCACAAAAAGGUGUUUCUAGUUCUUGAUGAUAUUGAUAGUCUCGACCAAUUGGAUGCAUUACUUGGAAGCAAAGGUUUUCAUCCAGGAAGCAAAAUCAUAAUAACAACAAAGGACGCAUGGUUGACAGAGAGUUGUGAACUAUUCAAAAUGAAUGGUAGGCCAAUACAUACUAAGCACUUGCUUAAAGGCUUAUUCGAGACCGAAUCAAAAAAGCUUUUUUGUUUUCAUGCAUUCACGUGCAACGAUCCCAAGCGAGGUUAUGAGGAGGCGUCAGCAAAACUUGUGAACUAUUGUGAAGGACAUCCAAUGGCUCUUAAAGUUUUGGGCAAGUCUUUACAUAAUCGAGACGUAGCUUAUUGGGAGGGGUGCAUAGAAGGGCUUAAGAAAGAAAUUGGUUCACCCAUAAAUAAUGUCUUGAGAAUGAGCUUUGACUCUUUGCCAACCGAAGAUAAUAAGAACUUGUUUAAGAAUAUUGCUUGUUUUUUUGUUGGAACAAAUACAGAUGAUACUGUAACAAUAUUAAAGGCAUGUGGCAUUGAAACAAGAACUGGGAUCACAAAUCUCAUUGACAGAUGCCUUCUUAGUAUUGGGGUGAAUAACGAACUAAUGAUGCAUCAGUUGCUUCAAAGGAUGGGUAGAUCCAUAGUACAUCAAGAAUCACCUGACAAGCCAUGGAAGCGAAGUCGACUAUGGUGUCAUGAGGAGUCAUUCAAAGUGUUGAAACAAAAAAAGGGUAAGGGAAAUCUUCUAGGUCUUGCCCUAGACAUGCGAAUGCUUGAGAAGAAAUUUAACCCACAACGGCUUCAGAAGAGGCAAAAGUUAGUUGGACCGUGCUUAAAAGAUAAAAGAGAAUCAGAGGAAUCUGAAAUCCAGAUGUAUUAUGAAUUUGGGAUAUUCAGCACUAUUUAUGAAGGCAAAGAGAUGCCGAAUUGGAUUACGGAUAGAAGCAUGGGACGAUCAAUAUCAUUUACCAUCCCAUCAUCUCCUAACAACCUUACUGGAUUAAAUUUCUGUGCCCACUUUAAAGAUAAGGUGUACUUCAAAGCUUUGUCCCAAAGGAAGUCGGGUGUGCCUGAGGAUGGCACUUACAGUGCUUUUAUCUAGAGCUGAUGGAUUUAUGCGGUUUCUGAGUUAAAUUUGGGCCUUAAUAUGCAAAUAUGUAUAUAAGUGUUUAUUCGGCUGUGGAUUUGUACUUUUCGUGUUUACAAAGUUAAAAUAUGCUUAAGUUUUAUUUUUUAUGCAUUUAAUGUAAAGAUAUUGAUGAUUAAAAAAAACAUUCAAGAAAACAUAAACAUAGUUAGGUUUUAAAUUGAUUUAUGUGUCG